UAGAACGAACAAGGCAAUGGGUUGAAAACCAAAAGCUUAGAGAACCCGGCUGUUCGGUACCGCCACCGGCAGCCACGAGGGCAACUUUAUUUCCACCAACGAGUCUCAAAGAGCAACAAUUAAAGGUCAACGCGUCCGAGGCGGUUGGUCAUAUGGCCCCGCUCGUCUCAACGGAACCUGACCCACCAACCGUUCUUCUUCAAGCUGUAGCCGACACAGCGGCAGCCGCAAAGGCUCUGGCCUCUGCCGCCGGCGUUAAAAAGCUAGAGUUGCCACAAUUUUUGGGCAACGCGAUGCAAUGGUUGCAAUUUAAACGUAUUUUCGAUUAUACAAAGAUACAUUUUUCAGCUUUAGACAACAUAACACGACUAGACAACGCACUUCGUGGGCCUGCACGUGAGGCCGUAGCGGCGCUGUUGAUGUCGACGGAGGACCCCGACGAGGUCAUGCGCGCUCUCGAGGAAAACUUUGCGCGCCCCGAACUCAUCGUAUUCAGGGAGGUGAACAACCUGAAAACAUUGCCCAAACUAGGUAAUGAAUUACGUGAGCUAGGAAUCCUCACUAACAAGUCUCCGGCCCUACUGGAACCUGUAACGUGUACGCACUCCUCGACGACGGAAGUACCGCUACACUUAUAGAUUCUAGCAUCGCCACGCGUAUUGGAGCGACGGGACCGCGACAGACGAUAACGGUCAACGGGGUAGGCGG